AUGUCGCUCGAGCAUGGAGGGGUUGGAGCAGUACCAUCAGCAGUAGGAGUUGUGGGUCUUGGGGCCAAGGCCAUUGAAUUGGGGUGGGAAGUGCCGGAUAUGGAUCCACCACCCAGUGCAAUCACAUGGUGGCAUGGUAGUGGUCGUGGAUUAGGGAUGUGUGGUGGAGAGAGAGAAAGGAGUUAUCUUGAAAACAAUAAGAGAGUUGUUGGAAAUAUGGUAUCCAACGUUAAUGUAGUGGGGACAAAACAUGUCUCGAACUACUUACCCCACCAUGUUGCAGCUAAAUGUGGACUGCAGAGCAGUUAA